AGCGAGCGGCGAGGGGGGCGGUAACCACCCCUAGCGGACUCGCCCGGCACAUUGCCGGGCCCGGCGUGGAGCCAGGAAGGAGCAGCGACCCAGCUGCGCCAAGGUCUUUUCAUGGACAAGGGCAGCAAGGCUCUUGCCAUCAGAACUGCCUCUGUGCUUGUCUUGGCAGAGAGAAAGAAAGAAGGGUCCUGGGGAAAACUUACCUGGUCCUAUAGCUAGGCUUGGGAAAAAGAAGGUCUUUUCAUGGACAAGGGCAGCAAGUCUGUUGCCAUCAGAACUGCCUCCGUGCUUGUCUUGGCAGAGAGAAAGAAAGAAGGGUCCUGGGGAAAACUUACCUGGUCCUAUAGCUAGGCUUGGGAAAAAGAAGGAUGCUUCAGGAUGAAACGCCAUAGGCCUUUCAGCAGCAGUGACAGUUCAGAUGAGUGUCCUUCUACUUCCUUUACUUCUGGCCCAAUGUAUAGGAGCAAGUUAAAAAUCCCAAAGGAACACAAGAAGCCUGCUGAGGUAUUCCGCAAGGACCUCAUCAGUGCCAUGAAAAUUCCAGAUUCUCACCACAUUAAUCCUGACAGCUAUUACCUCUUUGCGGAUACAUGGAAGGAAGAAUGGGAAAAAGGAGUCCAGGUACCAGCCAAUCCAGACAAUAUUCCACAGCCUUCCCUCAGGAUUACAGCUGAGAAAGUGAAGGAAAUUUUGUUUGUCCAGCCCCGGAAGUACAUUCAGUGCUCCAGCCCUGAACCUGCAGAGCCUGGCUGCCUCAACAUCCUGGAGCUGGCGUCAUCUGUAUGCCGCUAUGACCUAGAUGACAUGGACAUCUUCUGGCUUCAGGAACUCAAUGAAGACCUUGCAGAAAUGGGUUGUGGGCCAGUUGAUGAGAAUCUUAUGGAAAAGACAGUAGAAGUCCUGGAACGCCAUUGCCAUGAAAAUAUGAACCAUGCUAUUGAGACAGAGGAAGGGCUAGGCAUAGAGUAUGAUGAAGAUGUGAUCUGUGAUGUGUGCCGGUCUCCAGACAGUGAAGAAGGGAAUGAUAUGGUGUUCUGUGAUAAGUGUAACAUCUGUGUGCAUCAGGCCUGUUAUGGCAUCCUCAAGGUCCCAGAAGGCAGCUGGCUGUGUCGCUCCUGUGUCCUGGGCAUUCAUCCGCAGUGUCUGUUAUGUCCAAAGAAAGGGGGAGCCAUGAAGUCCACCAGGACAGGGAGUAAAUGGGCUCAUGUCAGCUGUGCCCUGUGGAUUCCAGAGGUCAGCAUUGCUUGUCCUGAGAGAAUGGAACCAAUCACAAAGAUUUCUCACAUCCCCCCAAGUCGGUGGGCCUUAGUCUGCAGUCUGUGCAAGUUGAAGACAGGGGCUUGUAUUCAGUGUUCUGUGAAAAGCUGCAUCACUGCCUUCCACGUCACCUGUGCCUUCGAGCACAGCCUUGAGAUGAAGACCAUCCUAGAUGAGGGGGAUGAAGUGAAGUUCAGGUCCUACUGCCUCAAGCAUAGCCAAAACAGGCAGAAACUCAGGGAGGCCGAGUACCCCCACCACAGGGCUACAGAGCAGAGCCAGGCCAAAAGCGAGAAAAUCAGCCUGCGGGCCCAGAAGCUUCGGGAGCUGGAGGAAGAGUUCUAUUCCUUCGUCCGAAUGGAAGAUGUGGCUGCAGAGCUGGGGAUGCCCACGCUGGCUGUGGAUUAUAUCUAUAACUACUGGAAACUGAAGCGCAAAAGUAACUUCAAUAAGCCAUUAUUUCCUCCGAAGGAAGAUGAAGAAAAUGCCCUGAUACAGCCAAAAGAGGAAAGCAUUCACACUCGCAUGAGAAUGUUUAUGCACCUUCGGCAGGACCUGGAAAGGGUCCGAAACCUGUGCUACAUGAUAAGCAGACGUGAGAAGCUGAAACUGUCACAAAACAAACUACAGGAACAGAUCUUCGGGUUGCAAGUCCAGCUUAUUAACCAAGAAAUUGCUGCAGGACUUCCUUUGACAACUACACCAGAAAGCUCAUUGUUCUACCCACCACCAAGAAUUACCUUAAAGUUAAAAAUGCCCAAGUCAGCUGCAGAAGACUGCAGAAAUGGCUCCACAGAGACUGAUCACCAGUCCUGCUCUCCUGACAGCGCCUCUUCUGGUCACGAUAUAAGGAGCCUGCAGGCACUUCAGGAGUCGCUAGAAAUGAGUAUGCAGUCGAUACCAAGGCAGCCACUAGAGAGCAAGAAUAACUGCUUGCCAGCCACUCUCAGCCAUUCCAGAGGUGAAGCAAAGGAUUCCAGUCCUGGUUGGAGAAGUCCAUCUUUGGAGUACUAUCAUGGGCAGUCACAGGGAAAGCCUCUGGUCCUUCAGGCUGCCCUCCAGGGACAGUCUUCCAUUGGGAAUGGGAAAAAUCAGCCUAGCUCCAAGUUUGCCGCACCUAAUGGUCUGGAGGGCAACUGGUCUGGGAAUGUCACCCAAAAAGACAGCUCACACGAGAUGUUCUCUGACCAGGAGUCUGUGAGCAGCCCCCACUUGGCUAGUCAGUGCAGCUUUAGAAAAUCCAGUAUGGAUCACUUCAGCAGGUCAUUUAAAGAGACCACCAGUAGGUGGGUGAAGACCACUGAGGACCUCCAGUGCUAUAUGAAGCCAACUAAGAAUGUGAAUCCCAAGGAACAGUUCUGGGAUAGGCAGCUUCUCAGGCUAUCUGCAGGGCAAGCUCCAUAUAAUGAAAACGAUGGGUAUUGCCCAGAUGUGGAGCUGAGUGAUUCAGAAACAGAAAGUGAUGGGAAUAGAGAAAAGGUUCGGGUAAAGAGAGAGAGCUCAGACAGGGAGAAUCCUUCCCAUGACUCUAGACGGGAGUGCCAUGGCAAAAGCAAAGCACAUCCCCUUUCCCACAGUUCAACGCAGAGGUGAUGAGAUACUCGCAAAUAUAACUCAGCCUUUGCCUUUGUCCCAUUUAUUGGGGAAAGCCUAUAGACCAAAAGGAUUCUAGCAUAUGUUAGGGGGAGUUAUGGAGAAAAGAAAGAAAAUUUUCCACAGUAAAAUUUGCUUGCAGUUUUUGAAAAGGUUUCAAAGUCUCGUUUUCACAAGCACAUUACAAGAAUUGCAGAUUGUCCAGAGGUUGGUUUGUUAGAGGCUGUUGGGAAUAGCUGGACCCAGAGUAUUUAUUGAGUAAAUACAGGGCAGCUUUCCAAUUAUAUUAACACAUUGAUGAAUACAUUAUUAAGUGUCCUUGCGUCACUAACAGAUUUGCAAGAGACCAUGGUUACCAGACACUAAAACUACUUAACUUUUGAAACUACAGCAUGUGACUCUGAGAGCUCCUGUCUGUAGGACAUUUCUAAUUCCACUGGUAUCUCUAAGCCAGGAGACCAACUCUCAGAUACUGUCAAACUCACUACUCUCUUCCUUUGCUCUGCGCAGGGUUGAGUUCCUUUCACAGUAUCUUGACGUACUGAAUCAAUACUGCUACUGCUUACAAGUGUCCAGUGCCUGUUCCUAGACUUGCUUGUUGGGGACGCACUCAUAACUAUUUCAUGCAGCUAACAAGCAUAAGAGGCUAACUUGUGGAUAGUGUUUACAGAAGUACAAAAGUACUACUUCCAAGGAAAAUGCUCUGAUUCUCUGUUUGGUCAUUUGUGAAGGAUCCCAGAGCCUUUCCAAAAGUUGAGACCAUUUCUGGGGUAUUUGUACCAGGUCAGGGGUUUUGUGUUGUUGUUUUCAAAUCAAUUUGACUAAAAUGAGUUUGGCUGACAGUUUUUGUAUACCUGCUUUAAUGUUUAUAAAGUUUUUAUUGAGGUAUAAUUAAAUAUAAAGUGCACAGAGGUUAAGUAUUCUUACCUGCUUUAAUUUUGAAACAGAUUUUUAUUGUCAAACAGAAUUUGAAAGCAUGUGUGUAACACAUGGAUAUAAUUUAGCUUUGUAGCAAUUUUGAAUCCAAGGCAAGUUCCCAAACAGUAAGGCUAGAGCCAUUUUUUCAGAAGUUGCUUAUACUCUGUUCCCAAACUAUCAGCCCUGAUGAAUUUCUGGGAGAAAGAGAAUAAUUAAAUUUUGAGGGGGGUGGAUAAAAACAUGUCUGCUUCCCAUUUAAAGAAGGGGGAAAUGUUACAGGUUUUAAAAUGUGAAGCAGAAUAUAAGUCUCAGCUCUCUUUUCUUCUUAGCCUUAAAUUAAUGUUCUCUUUCUUCUAGUUUGGGAAAGUGUGGUCUUGAAAUUUUCAGGCAAAAAAAAAGGUCAUAUCCAGUUGUCAAAGUUUCUAACUGGGGAAACAGCCUAGCUACAAUAGGUGCCAGUCAGUCAAGGCAGGGGCCUUCUCUCCAUCCAUAUGGAAAACAAGGUUUUCCUCCCUGCCGACCCCCACCUGGCUUUUGUUCUUGUAGCCUUGUUAAAGGGUUCCUUUGCUUUUUCCUCUCCUGUUCUGAAAACAUCUGUAUUUUGCUUCUCCUUUGACUACAUCUUCAAAAAAUUUCUUUUGUGCCUAUGUACGUGUGUGAACAUGCCAUAGCAUGUGUUGUAAGUGUCCUGUAUUUUGUUUGAAUGGAAAAAGCUAUGAAAAUUAUCCAAACGGAGGAAGAGAAUUUCCCCUGUUUGUGCACUAGAUUUCUAUGCUUUGUCUUUGCGUUCUCCUGGGGUAGCUGUUCAUUUGACACCUUCAUGGCAAUGAGAUUAUAAUGGAGCUGUGCUGUAAACUCCUUACAUUAGAGGCCAGCACUGCUACUAGUAGCUGGUGUACUUUCAUGCCUUUCAAUUCCAAGUGGGAGGAAAAGCAAACAUCAAAACAAUGCUUCAGCCAAAUUCCAUAUGUAACACCACUGGGAGAGUAUUGACUUAAUAUCAUUCCAGUCAGGGAAAUAGAGUUGUAAUAUUUUUACAGGAUUUUCCUAGGUAAAUGAAGGAGCCUUCUGUUGCCCCAAAAUGCAUUUGCUACAAUUUCUUGUUAUUUGAAGUAUUACCUCUUAAUCUUCUGUAUUAAUUUGUUUUCAUUUUGUCUUAUAUAGCCCAGUUUUCCAAGAUAAAUGCAGUCUUUUUUCAAUUGUCUCCUUUUUACCAAUACUUUUUCAUUAAAUUAUGAAAACUGCUA